GGGCGGGGCGGGGCGGGGCCGGGUGCCCAUGAACAGCGGGGUCCCGGCCACGCUGGCCGUGCGGAGAGCGAAAUUCUUCGGCCAGCACGGCGGGGAGGUCAACUCUUCUGCCUUCUCCCCUGAUGGCCAGAUGCUGCUCACAGGCUCAGAGGAUGGCUGCGUGUAUAGCUGGGAGACCCGGAGUGGGCAGCUGCUGUGGAGGCUGGGUGGCCACACAGGCCCCGUGAAGUUCUGCCACUUCUCCCCUGACAGCCACCUCUUCGCCAGCGCCUCCUGUGACUGCACUGUCCGCCUGUGGGAUGUGGCAAGAGCAAAGUGUCUGCGGGUCCUGAAGGGUCACCAACGGAGUGUGGAGACGGUCAGCUUCAGCCCUGACUCGAGACAGCUGGCAUCAGGUGGCUGGGACAAACGGGUGAUGCUCUGGGACGUGCAGUCCCGCCAGAUGCUGCACCUCUUAGUUGGGCACCGUGACUCCAUCCAGAGCAGCGACUUCUCACCCACGGUGAACUGCCUGGCCACCGGCUCCUGGGACUCCACUGUACGCAUCUGGGACCUGCGGACGGGGACCCCAGCAGUCUCCCACCAGGCGCUAGAGGGACACAGUGGCAACAUCAGCUGCCUGUGCUAUUCAGCAUCCGGCCUCCUGGCAUCCGGCUCCUGGGACAAGACCAUCCACAUCUGGAAGCCCACAACCAGCAGCCUGUUUAUCCAACCGAAGGGCCAUGUCACCUGGGUGAAGAGCAUAGCCUUCUCUCCCAACGAGCUGUGGCUGGCCAGCGCCGGCUAUUCCCGCAUGGUCAAAGUCUGGGACUGCAACACAGGAAAGUGCCUUGAGACCCUGAAGCAGGGAGUCCUGGAUGUGGCCCACACCUGUGCCUUCACCCCAGAUGGGAAAAUGUUAGUGUCUGGAGCUGCCGAUCUGACUAGACGUCAAAUAUCCCGCACGUCCAAAUCACCCAGGGACCCUCAAACCUAA